AUGUCACCAGACAACUGGUCAGGUGUUCUCCGCAUUGUUGGAUUGGAGCUCUGUCUCUCGCUCAUUUUCAUCUUCACCAAGAUCAAGGCAGCUUCAAGCAACACGCUUUCCCUCUCAAGUUCCCCACUGCAUCCAGACCAGAUACCAAGCAAGCAAAGCAACCUUGUCAAGCAAGAAACUCCCGUCAUGAGUGGGACCGUGAAGGCGGUCGGCCUUGCCUGCCUCGUUGCCUUGGCCGUGGCCGCCGCAACUGUCACCGCACUCCCGAUUUCGUCCACACCAACAGCUCUGCCCAUCUCUGCAAGCACCACGACUGAGGAGUCCUCUGCCUCAACCGAAGAUGCCACGACGACAACCACAACUACACUCCCUGGCUCCACGACCGAGUCCUCUGCCUCAACCGAAGAUGCCACGACGACAACCACAACUACACUCCCUGGCUCCACGACAAGCGACGCCGAAGGCGGCAACCAAAGCACAAGCUCGACCUCCAGCUCGACCUUUGCGUCCACCACUGCUGAGGGCGAGGAAGAAGACGACGAUGACAACAGCUCGACCUCCAGCUCUACCUUUGCGUCCACCACUGCUGAGGGCGAGGAGGAGGACGACGACGACAACAGCUCAACCUCCAGCUCAACCUUUGCGUCCACCACUGCUGAGGGCGAGGAGGGAGGACGACGACGACAACAGCUCAACCUCCAGCUCUACCUUUGCGUCCACCACUGCUGA